UUUCUUCUGAGUUACGCUACCUCGCUGCUUAGACCCUCUCCGGAGACCGCCUCGCAGUUUCUCGACCCAUCGGCACCUUCGCCGGACACGAGCCAUGAGGUUAGCGCCGUCGGUGAUCGUUCUAAUACCGGACGUCGACGGCUUCGGUCAUGCCAUCGCCGAUGGCUUCCGUUCCGAUCCGAAAUCCAACCUCUCGAGGGAAAGCUCCUCCUUUGAACUCUCGUUGGAGAAAUAUGGCUUUAAGGACCGUAAAGCCUCCGGCGAUCUUAUCCAGUUUGUCGACCCGCUUGGAUCCCCUAAGGUGUCAAUCUUCCUUCUGCAAAAUUACAGUCCACCUGUUGUUGCAUAUGCUAUCAAGGAACUAUUAGCAUCACUUCCUAGUCAGACUACAUUGGUACUUCCUUUUGUGAUGAAAGCCCUCAAGGUUAACAGGGGAGCAAUGAACAAACCAUCCGCUAAUGAGGACUUUGUGAUCUACACAACUGAAAUUGGUGGUACAUCUGAACUCACUAAGGCCAUGAUUGAUGACACAAUCAGUGUGCCUCCAUCCUUGCAAAUUCAUUGCGAAUCUCUGGCUUGCUUGUUGCUGAUGGCGCGAAUUCUAAAUCUGCCAACAGUUCUCCUCCUUGCAUCUGGUCCUAGGCACCGUAAUGGACAAUCUAGCUAUCCUGGGCUCGAGCUAAAGGAAGUGAGGUAUCUGCAGUGGUUGGCUUUUGUUUCAAUGGUCCAGAUUUAUUUUGUCAUGUCAAGAGUCAAGUUUGGAGGACUAAUCUACAAUUAAGCGGUCAGACUAUGUUUCUGGCAGGAAAACUCUAGCAAGAGUGCAAGAUAUGAUUGCAAGUCCUAGUAAAUGACUCUGUAUCUUUAUUAUUCUUUCAUAAAUAAGCCUUUUUCUAUAGGCAUACUGUUAUAGAACUAAAUUCCUUCCAAGAGAUGAUAAAUGAAUAUGUAAAAAUACCGAAUGGUGUAGAGGAAGGAUGAUAAGAAGAUUAUCGUUUGAGCAGUCUCCAUGUAACAAGUAACAAAUGUUAGUUUUCGGUCCGAUUUUGAGCCAAUAAGUGAUAAAGGUUAAAUUUAUCUCUUUAAAUAUUAUGUUUUCCUUGUUUAUUGACAGACGAAAUAAAAGGGAAGAGGAUUCAUCCUCGACUAACCUGUUCAAACAAUAUGUCUAAACUAUUAGUUUUAAUUUCAGGUUCUGGAGAAGUUGGGAGGAACAGUAGCCAGGCAUUUGGGUCUUGUCUUCUCCAAGGACUUGAUUCCACAGAAGAACAUUGAGAAGUCAACUAGCGUUGGAGAGCCAUGGCGUGCAUUGUAUGGAUGAACGCUUGGCUAGUAGUGUUCCCUUAAAACCAGACGCUGUUCUUGUUGUAUGUUGAAAGAUCUUGAGGCAGUUCAGAAGAUCUAUUACUUUUGCCACACGUAUUUUUAUUUUGCACGGAAAUUGAUAUUCGAUCUGGAAGGUUAUCGAUUUGGAUUCAGUUGUAAUAUCGAAUUUUAUACUUUAUACGAAUUCAAUUCAUGUUUAGUUUAAGUAA